UGGGGCCGGGCAACGAGAAGGGCUGGGGCUGUGCUUUUCUGAGCUCUCAGAAUCUCCUCCCUUCGCGUCUCCCGGGGCUGAGCCUCCGCGGCUGCCCGCCCCUAAUCUUCAGGCGGAGGCUUCAGCAAAAUCCAGUCGUGAGCUCUGCCUAAGGAAAAGGGUCCUUGCCGCCACCGCCGCCGCACCUUUCCGCUUGGCCCGCCACCGCCUCUAAAUCGCUCAUCCAACCUAGACUUGUGACCAAUUCUGCCCCGUAGGAUGAACUGGACUACUGCCACAUGCUGGGCUCUGCUGCUGGCCACCGCCUUCCUCUGUGACAGCUGUUCGGCCAAGGGCGGCCGCGGAGGUGCUCGAGGCAGUGCCAGGGGGGUGCGCGGAGGUGCGCGCGGGGCAUCAAGAGUGCGUGUAAGGCCGGCGCCCCGCUACAGCUCCUCUCUGCGAGUGGCGGCUGCAGGAGCGGCAGCUGGGGCUGCGGCGGGUGUGGCUGCGGGCCUUGCCACCGGCUCUGGCUGGAGGAGGACCUCAGGACCUGGAGAGCUAGGCCUGGAGGACGAUGAGAACGGGGCAAUGGGAGGCAACGGGACCGACCGAGGAGUCUACAGCUACUGGGCCUGGACUUCCGGCUCAGGGUCCGUGCACAGUCCACGUAUUUGCCUGCUUUUGAGCGGCACGCUUGGUGCCCUAGAACUGCUUCGGCCCUAGACCAGGCUAAGCUCCAUCCUAGGUCUAGCUCCUAGUCUGUCUUAAGGCCCAUAGGGCCCACCCUAAUGGCCUCCUGCCCAGGGGGUCACUUCAUUUUGCUGACUAUAGUUCCCCAGCCCAGACUUUAGUCUGGCUACUCUGGACCCAUAAGGCCUCUUGCAAUUUGUAGAUGCAGUUUACUCUCUUGCCCAUCCCAGUAUCCCAGUCUUCCAUCCUGGCAGGAACUAGCAGCUCUACUACCAGAGACAGGCUGCCCUCUACUCUCCUGAGCUGCCUAAGCAGGCAUGCCUGUGUGCUUGCCCACCCUGACACGAGAACAUGAACAAUGCCGACCACGAAAAAGAGGCCAUCGCCAGGUGGGCCUGUCUGGUUCUGCCACUAAAGCCCCAAAGACCUUGGCCUCCCAUGGAAGCAGAGGGAGUAGACCACUUCCCUCUGGACUUAGGAAUUGAUGAAGAAAGCACUCACUUGGAGAAAUGUGAGAAAUGUCAGGUGCUAAUCACCUGCCCAGAGCAGGUCCUAAUGAUGUCAUAGCUCAGAAACAUCCAGAGCAGGAGAAUAUCCAUCCCAGGACACCAACUGUGGUCCUCCUACAACAUGCUACCAAAGCCAAGGUAGUAUGUUUCUUCCUGGCAGACUGCCUAAGAGACCUUGUGUCAGAAGGUUUUCCACUUGGAACCACUUGGCCAUAAGGUCCACUUAACUGUUCCUAAAAUCCACUGAGGGUAGGGGUUUUGAAUUCACAUUCAAAAACAUUCCAUUCCAUUUGAAUUUAGGUUCACAAGUAAGGGUCACUUGGGUACAAUACCAAUCCUGCUGGGAGCUUCUUUGUAUAUAACCCACACUGCAAGAUUCCCACAAUUCCAGUGUUUCAUGUUGGGAGAGCCUCCCUUGGAAACGGAUGGACCGGGGAGGUAAGACAGAGCAUGGCACAGUUGCCAGCUGUCAGUCUGCACAGCGGAAGGGCAGCAAUUCUCAGGCCCACUGCUGCCAGAAGAAAGCUAACAGACAUGGAAGAACCAGUCUCAGCAGGUUGUGAGCGUGGGUUAAUGCUACUAGCUUUCUGACCACUCAUAUCCCUCCCAAGAACAGAGCUGAUAUGCUGAGUGGCCUCAAAGAGAUAAACUAUAGUCCUCACAAGAAUCUACCUUUGAGCAGACUGGUUUCUUGCUGUUCCAGGGCCCACUAGCACAUCUUUGCCUCAUGGAGUGAUGGGUCUCGGAACUCAGACAACAUAUACAAGGCUAGCUCAGCAUACCUCUGGUUAGUGUGCAGGUUUCAAGGCUAUUGGCAGGGCCCUAGCCAAGCAUUUUCUUGACCAACAAGUUGCAGGGGCAACUCCCCGCAACUUCUAUUCACACUGCCGGUGCUCUUAGGCACAGUCAGCCCAGAUGCUCCUCCAUCCCUAAUUGACCAAGCUCAAAACCACCAAGACCAGCAAGCUAAGGGCCAAGCCCACUAGGGGCCUCAAAGGCAGGUGCUGAUGCAUCAAGUCUGGUCUAGGGAGAACGACCAGAGCCCCUUCACCUUGUCAAACACCCUUGACAAUGGACUAUGUGGACCAGACCUUCACGUACCACAGAGUACCGUGUGUUAGUUCUGGGCAUUAUGGCAUUAUGAACACAUCACCUUUUAAUGAUUAUUCCACAUUCACCAAUCUGACUUCUCCAGAGUAUUUAACUUUUGGCACAGCCACACAUCUUUGAAUACCUUCUCCACUAACAGGAACUAUAGAUGCUGAGAGAGGCUCUCAGAGGAGACUUAUUAUACUGCAAUCACAUCAAGAGGCAACAGUGGAAGGCUAGCCCCUGCUAUCAGCCAUCCACAAGAAGCAGAGAGCCUGCCGAGCGUACAAGCACUGGUUCAAGCAACUAUGGAAAGCCCAGGUCAAUACUGAACAGAAGAGUCUAGAAGUACUGAGCAUGGACAGCCCCGCUGUCCCAACAGCACUUUCUAUCUGUAUGACCAACCCCGUUGCCUCUUCUUUUUAGACAGCAAGCUGCUGGCAGCAACAUCUUCUGGGUGCCAACAGGUACAUGGGGGUCAACCAUGCAUGCCCUCUGCACCACUCCUGCAGCCACCAUGGUUCCAAUAGCUAGACUGUGGUCCCUUUCCGGUGAUCCUCUGACCUGUGCAAAGUUGAGCCUACAGCAGAUGGACUCCUGAAGCACAGACUCUGUGCACGGGAAGAAGACAUGGCUGACUUCACUGCUGCAAACCUCCUGGCUUUGUCUGGGCACUUUAUCAGUGCACAGUUUGUUGUGAAAUAAAGCCCUCUGCUGGUAA